CUGAGGAAAUUAGACGAUGACCUUCGAACAGAAAAAGAAAGUGCGAGUGAAGGUUUCAAAUGGCGAAUCAAUCAUCUUCUCUUCUUCUGCGAUGCGCUUCCUUCAAUCAAGACAACAGCUGCUUUGCAAUCGGAACGAAAGAUGGAUUCAAGAUUUUUGACUGCGACACAGGAAGGCUUCUCUACGAACGCGGUAUUUCAAUUGUCAAAUUGGAAAUAUUUUAUGGGGAUGCAUCUUUACUUAUCGGCUACCUACCUGAAAAUAUGUGCUCAGGUUGUUGGGGCAUUCAACAUUGUCGAAAUGCUAUACAGAUCAAAUCUUCUUGCCAUAGUUGGAGCUGGUGAACAGCCAUCUUUAUCUCCAAGGCGAUUAUGUUUGUUCAAUACCAUAAGUGGAGCUGCAAUCAGGGAACUCAACUUCUUGACAUCCAUUCUGGCAGUUCGUGUAAAUAGGAAAAGAUUGAUAGUUUUAUUGAAAGAGCAAACCUACAUCUAUGAUGUUAACACUCUAGAAGUAAAGCGCAUCAUCGAUACAGUGCCAAACUUACAAGGACUCUGUGCAUUUUCAGCAAAUAUGGAUAACCCGUACGUGGCCCUUCCAGCUAGUACAGAAAAAGGGUCUGUAUUGGUCUACAAUGUCAUGGAUCUGCAGUCACACUGUGAGGUUUGUUACAAAUACUCAUUCAUAGCCGACUCUUUUCCCUGCUUGCAGCUAGUCAUCACCCUCUUAUUUAUAUAA